AUUUCAUCCGAGUUCCAUUUCCACCAUCUUCGACCUCCAACCAUCCAUGAAAUUCUCUCUGCACAAUUUGCGUCACCAGCCAUCAGCUUGAAAAUCCUGAAUGCGAAGAAAUCUCGGAAUUUGGAGCUCCUGAAAUUUCCCCUCAAAACCAUUUUACACUCUCUUGCAAUUCUUUUUUACAAUGGCCUUUCCUGGCUGUGUUUCUAAGCUGGAGGGAAUUUGUGGAUUAUUUUGAUUUUGCUUUGUGCGACCCAAAGUUCAAUUCUCGGAGAAUGAAAUUCAAAAGAGUAGUUUCUUGCAUUUCCAAUCCCGUAGCCUAGAGAAUUAUCCUGAAUUUUGGUUCGGAAAGAAGUGGAAUUCAAUGGCGAUGCGCAGAGAUUGCUUUCUGGCUUUGUUUCUAUGUCAUGCAGUUGUUUCGGAGGUAACCAAUGCCUCUCUUUGGGACUCAAGAAAGUUGUUGGAGCCGGCUUCAAACAAUAACUCCACGCGAACGUCGCAAGGUUCCCCAGUCAUCAGUCCGAUUUCUUCUGUGAACAUCUCGGAUUCUGCACCCGUUAUCGGAAAGAAGAAGCAAGUUGAACCACCCCCGCCUGCGCCCAACAACUCAUCGUCCAGUCUGGAAUCGAAUGUACUCAAUAAUUCAAGUUCCGGUAGUUCAUCUACAGUAAGCGAGACAGGGAGUGGUAAACCUUUUGACACAAAAAAGGAGAAUGGCACUGAAGCCAGUGCUCUAUCAAGUAAGCAUGAAACUUGUGAUGGGGUACCUGACAACAAGAAGUGCCGGGACCAGAAGAAGUUGAUUGCUUGUAUCCAAAGUAAUCUUAUUGAGUCCAGAGGCUUGGCUGUUCUAGUCCUGAACGAAGGUGAAGAUACAUUAGAAGUGAAUGUUACCGGAGGCAACUUUUUCAAGGGGCUUAAGAUUUUAAAACAUCACAAGGAAAGGAUCACCAUUCCGCUGACGACCGAAACAAGUAUGAAACUAAUAUUAGAUGCUGGAAAUGGAGAAUGCGUGCUUUACAGAAGCCCUCUUGUUUCUGGAGAAAACCUUUUUCUGCAUCUCCCCUCAUUUGACCAACUAGCAACACCAGUAAACGGUGCUUACUUCUUAUUUCUUGCAGUCCUAAUCUUUGGUGGGUCUUGGGCUUGCUGCAAGUUUAGGAGGAGACAAGCUGGUGGUAUCCCAUAUCAAGAGCUUGAAAUGGCACUGCCAGAAUCUUCCUCAGCUGUCAACAUUGAAACCGCUGAUGGUUGGGAUCAGGGUUGGGAUGAUGACUGGGAUGAAGAAAAUGCUGUGAAAUCGCCCGGGGGGCGUCAUAUUGGAAGCAUUUCAGCUAAUGGCCUUACUGCUAGGUCCAACAAAGAUGGGUGGGAGAAUGAUUGGGAUGUUUAGUUAAAAUGAAGCAGCCAGAGAAGGAAACAAAACGUCUGACCUCUCGACAAUUUGAUCAGUAGUAGGCGAUUUGAAGGCAGAAAGGACAGUGUGAGACACAUCACGUUACCACCGAGGUUAUUCCAUAAUAGUUGAAUGUACACCUUUCCCUCACUUCGGAUUACAUUUUAGAGUUCGUAGCUGUCGCAAUUGGGACAGAAGCCAUAAAAGCCAGGCCAUACAAAUUUUUGGGUUUGUUUCGGUGGGAUGUAGAAUUCAUGUCUUUUCGUCUUUUUUGAGAUUCUACUAUAGAUAACUGUUACAAUUUUUCUAUAUGAUAGCUUUACUAUAUAUAAAUGUUGAUUCGAGCUUUAAAAUUA